GUUGGAAAACAAAACCUCUAUCCUUGGAAAAUAUCUGGAACACUUGCACACCUGUAAUUCACCCUUUCAUUUCUUUGUGGCUAAGUAAUUUCCUUUCCCCUCCGUCAGUCAUCCAACUAUCAGUCUCAAAUCAUUUUAUUACAUCUCUACUCUCCAUUUAUAUAUAUAUAUAUAUAUAUCACCAAAUCCCCUUAUCUCUAAAAUCUAAAUCCUGCCAAUUGAUGGAGUUUCGUAGGCACCCGCCCUCCCCACCACCUCCAGACCCUUUUGCACCACCACCACCACCACCGCCAUCACGACAAGAUCCUUUUGCACCACCACCACCGCACUUAUAUGGUGCACCCCCACCACCUCCGCCUUACUAUGCUGCACCUCCUCCUCCCGCACCCCCUCAUCAUCACCAUCCACCGGGUCCACCGCCACCGCCUCAUGCUUUUUCACCACCUCCUGGACCUCCUCCACCACCUUAUUUUGAUCCAUAUAGACCACCACCGCCUUGGAAUCGCCCUCCUCCACCAUACUAGCUAGCUAUAAAUAAUUGCCUUGGGAGUUUUAUAUUUCAGCAGUGUACGAGCUUUAUCUCCCCAUGAGGCAAUUAAAGGUUAUGUAGGUUUUUUUUACCCUUCUUCCUUUUCCCCCCUCUGUCUGUAAUUUUCCUUGUUUUUAAUAGCCUUAAGAAAUUUAUUUCUAAUUAUAUAUGUGCUGCCUUGAGGAAAGACGAUGCUAUUAUGUUUUUCGCCCCCAAAAAACCGGUAGUAGAUUGGAUAACAAAUUAUGCAGUAAAAUAGAUAAUGUUCAACAAUAAGAA